AUGGCACCCUCAGCAAUCUCGCCCGAAGAGACUCCUCAAGUCCCCAGCGGUGACUCGACCGUUUUGGCUCUGCGUAAGACGCUGACCUCCGAGAACGAAGCGCUGGCCGCUCGCUUCCGUGCCCUCUUCUCCCUCAAGUACCUUGCUUGCCAGGAGCCCCGUACCGAGAACACCAUUCCCGCCAUCGAUGCAAUUGCUGCUGGAUUCUCUUCCCCCUCCGCUCUCCUCAAGCACGAGCUCGCCUACUGCCUGGGUCAGUCUCGUCACGAUGCCGCAGUCCCAUACCUCCAAAAAGUUCUUAGCGACCGCGAAGAAGAUGCCAUGUGCCGACACGAAGCCGCUGAGGCCAUCGGUGCUCUGGGCGACAAGGGCAGCUUGAAGCUCCUUAUUGAGAGAAGAGACGACGAGACCGAGGAGACUGUUGUCAAGGAGACUUGCGACAUUGCUGUUGGUCGCAUCGAGUGGGAGCACUCUGACGCUGGAAAGGCAGAGAAAUUAAAGCAAAGCGAUUUCGCUUCGAUCGAUCCCGCUCCUCCUCUCGCCAUUGCCGCAAAGCAGCCCACAAUCGAAGAGCUUGAGCAGACUCUCCUCAACUCCAAGCUCAACCUGUUCGAGCGUUACCGUGCCAUGUUCGCCUUGCGCGACCUUUGCUCUCCUCCCGAUCUCCCGACUGCCGUCCCUGCCAUCAACGCCCUCGCACGUGGCUUCACCGACUCUUCUGCUCUGUUCCGUCACGAGAUCGCUUUUGUGUUUGGCCAGCUUUCACACCCUGCAUCCAUCCCUGCCUUGACCGGAGCACUCAGCAACCUGAAGGAGAGCAGCAUGGUUCGUCACGAGGCCGCCGAGGCUCUUGGCAGCUUGGGAGACGAGGAGGGCGUCGAGGAGACACUCAAGAAGUUCUUGAACGAUGCCGAUCAGGUCGUCAGAGACAGCAUUAUCGUCGCCCUUGAUAUGGCUGAGUUUGAGAAGAACGGCGAGACCGAGUAUGCAACAAUUCCUGUUGUUGCUUAA